AUGUCUCCAAAAUGCUCAGACAGACUGCUACCAAAGAUCCAAUGGAAGAAUCAGGAUCAAUAUGUUGACUAUGGGAAUAAGCUCAAUCUUAAUCCGAUUGGAGCGACUGUUCCAGCUACUGUUCCAGCUAUAGUUCCUGGAGCUUCAGCAUCCACAAGUGGAGCAUCAAGUGUUGCAGGAAGCGUUAACACACCUUUGCAACUUGCUGGUACUACAGGUAAUCAAAUGAUGCAAGUUCCUUCUGGAAUGCAGCUCAUGCAGAUUCCAACUCAAGGUGCCGGCACUGUGACUGUCCCUUAUUCAAUGAAUGCUAAUGGGGAAAUUGCGUUCAGUGGAAUGCAACUCGGACAUCAAGGCUUCAGUGGUGCUCAAGAUACGUCAAAUGUCUUCCACAAUGCUAUCAAGGGAAAGGAUGAGAAUGGCAAUGAUGUCUAUCUUAUUCCAUGUCCUACUGGUACGACAAAUGUCGAACUUCAAGCCGACUGGCACUAUGCUAGUGAAGAUGAAGAUUUGCCUGAUCUUGCUACCAAAGCAGAUCGAGGUCUGCAGUUUAUUCAAAGCCGCAGAAAGCAAAGAGAUCCAUUUGGGUUGUACGAUCAUGUCAUCAUGGACAGUGGUUGUACAAACACCACCAUUUGUAAUGGUGAGCUUAUGCAUGGACUCCGUCAUGCUGAGAAAGAACUUGACAUGCACACUAACGUGGGCAGCAGAGUUCUUGACGAAGAAGGUUUUCUAGGAAGAUUUCCACCUCCAGUUUAUCACGAUGAAGAUGGAAUUGCCAAUGUACUUGCUAUGCGCGAGAUGAUUGCUGCAGGAUACCGCAUUACUAUGGAUACUGAUGCUGACAAUGCUUUUAUUGUGCAUUGUGAUGGAAACAGAAAGAUGCGAUUUGUUAAUCGUAAGGGUGUGUAUGUGUUGGAGCAACUUGGAGCGAAUGUCGAACCAGGUGCCAAAGAGACAAGUGCGAUGUACCGUCGCCAGUUAAGCAACUUAAAUAAUCAACCCCAUUUUGAACUUUCUUCAAACAAACAGAACAAAUAUGCUGGACUUGAGAUGACCUCCAAGAUGGCAACCGUUCAAAAGAACAAAGAAAGAUUCACUCCAAGACAAGUCAAGGCUGCAAUGGAAGCGAGAAGUGCAAUGCACAUACUCAAUGCUCCAAGCACCAAAAGUCUGAAGUAUGUGAUCCGAUCUGGUCUCAUCAAGAACUGUCCUAUCACUGAAGAAGCGAUCAAUCAUGCCAAAAUCUUUGGACCCUGA